AGCGAAGCGGUUGGGAUCGUCAUUCAUCCAGUAACCCACUCUAUACCGACGGAAUGGAAAAGAUUGGGGCCGAGACCCAAUGGUUGAAAUACACGGUUCUUCCGAAGAUUCUGAGGAACGGUCGCCUGGUGGACAACUACAGCGAGUCCAAGGCUGACUCCUUCCAAGUGGGCGACAUCGACAUCGAUGUGAUCGGACAUUCGGAGGCCUUUAUGAUAUCCUUUUGCUACAGGACCACCAUCAACUUUGAAUACGAUGGGCAAAAGUUCCAGCGCAAAAUGGUUGUUAAGAAAACACCUGCCAUGCCCCCAGAAAUGUAUGACUCCGUACAGUUUGGACCGCUUUUUGCCAACGAGAUCAAUUUCUACACGGAAAUACUGCCAGAGAUUCAGAAGUUUGCCGGUGGCAAGUUUGCCGCACCCAGGUACUUUUACAGUGAGCUGAAUCCGCAUUCGGCGGUGGUCAUUCUCGAGAAUUUCGCGGAGCAGGGAUGGCGGGUCACCAAGGAGCGUCUGGGUCUGAGUCUGCAGCACGCCAUGAUUGCCGCAAAUUACUUGGGAAAGUUCCAUGCCUCCACGUACGCCCUGAAACACAAGAGUCCAGAGCAGUUUGCUCAGCUGACCAGCAGUCUAAAGGAAUCACGCUAUGCCAACGAUGACAUUCAUCCGGAAUGGGCGCUCACCUUGAAGGCGGGCCUCGAUCGGGCGGCCAAGAAGGUGGCCAUUUAUCAGCCACAGAUCGACGAGGAGUUUGUAAAGAAGUUUGUCUUCCUGGUCUCAAACUGCACGCAAUACGGGAGGCAACGAGUGGCGCCCAGGGAGCCACUGGCCACUCUGUGCCACGGAGAUUAUUUGAGGAAUAAUGUGGCCUACAAGUACGAUGACAAGGAUGAGCCGCAGGAGAUCAUGAUGUUCGACUACCAGACCCUGCGUGUCUCCUCUCCCAUGAUCGAUCUCGCCGUCUUCCUGGCCGUGUCCAUUUAUGCGGAGGUGCGGUAUCCACACUUCGAGGCCAUCUUCAGUGAAUACACUUUGGCGCUUCAUAAUAGCUAUAGGGAGCGCACCAAGGAGGAGGUUCCGGAUUUCCUUAGCCGUGGUGAGCUUCUAAAGGAGUACGUGCGCUUCCUGCCGUACACCUUAUCCAUAUCAUCCAGUUUCCUCUCGACUUUGGUGGAGCCCAUGGACAUCUCGCCGGAGGAGAUGUUUGCCAUGCAAUUGUCUGAUGAGGAGAUCAUCGAAAAUACCAUGACUCGGGGUGGUGAAGUGGUGGAUAGGGAGGUUGCCCACCAGUUUAAGGAAAUGCUGGAGCUGAGCCAAGCGACAGGAGUCUCCAUUGAUGACGGCAUCGAUGUGGACAAGUUGCCCAAGGUGUAAUUAUUCGAUUCAUUUCAUAACGAUAGCUAAUAAAACAAAUAUGCUAGAAUGACA